CCCGAACUCGGGGAGAAGUUUCGCUUUCCUGCCCAGGGGACCGGACUUCCCAAGAGCGUCAGGGCCGGGGAGGGGCCAGCGCCCGCCCGCGGGGACAAAAGCAAAGGGGGACCGGAGGCUCAGCAGUAGGGAGGCUGGUGGCGGCAGGUCGCCCCCUUCCCGCUCGGAGACAUGCGCUGGUGGGGUCUGCUCCUCCUCCUGCACGGGGCCCGCGCCAGCCAGCCCGACGCCGGGGACGACCCCUUCCUGAGGUGCUUCCAGGACCCGGACCGCGAGGAGCUGCUGGCCAUCGUCAGCCGGGGGCUCAACCGGACGGCGCGGCCCCAGCGCGUGGCGGUGGUGGGGGCCGGCGUGGCCGGGCUGGUGGCCGCCAGGGUGCUGGAGAACGCCGGCCACCAGGUGACUCUGCUGGAGGCCAGUGACAGGAUCGGGGGCCGGAUCCUGACGUACAGGGACGAGCGGACGGGCUGGCUGGGAGAGCUGGGGGCCAUGAGGAUACCAUCCAGCCACACGCUCCUCCUGAAGCUCUGCGCCCUCCUGGGCCUCCCCCUGGCCCCCUUCGUUCAGUACGACCUGAACGCCUGGACCGAGGCCAACGGGGUCAAGCUGCGGAACUUCGUGGUGGAGGCUGCGCCGGAGCAGCUGGGCUACCGCCUGCGGGCCUCCGAGCGAGGCCGCUCGCCCGAGGCCAUUUACCAGCUGGCCCUGGACAAGGCGCUGGAUGACGUAAAGCGCCUGGGCUGCGACGCCGCCAUAAAGAAAUUCGAGAACAUCACCCUUCUGAACUACCUCCUUGGAGAAGGGAACCUGAGCACGGCGGCCACCCAGCUCCUGGGAGACGUGCUGGCCGAGGACGGCUUCUUCUCCCUCAGCUUCGCCGAGGCCUUACGGGCCCACAGCUACCUCAAUGACCGGCUCAGGUACUGGCGCAUCCGCGACGGCUGGGACCAGCUGCCCCGCGCCCUGCUGCUCUCCCUCCGUGGCUCGGUCCUGCUCCAGGCCCCCGUGGUCCGGGUGUCCCAGAACCGGAAAAACGCCACCGUCCACUACCGUGACCCGCGGCAGCCCUCGCACCUGCUGUCCCUGACCGCCGACCGCGUGCUGCUGGCCACCACCAGCACGGCCCUGAGCCACGUCGAUUUCCAGCCGCCCUUGCGGCCCCCCCUCCGCCGGGCGCUGCGCAACAUCCACUAUGUCCCGGCUACCAAGGUCUUCCUCAGCUUCCGGAGACCCUUCUGGGAGGACGAGGGCAUCCUGGGGGGGCACUCGAACACCGACCGCCCGGUCCGUGCCCUCUACUACCCACAGGGCCCCGGGGGAGAGGCCGGUGGCCUCCUCCUCGCAUCCUACACGUGGUCGGACGCCACAGCCGCCUUUGCGGGCCUGGGGGAGAAGGAGAUCCUGCGCCUGGCGCUGGAGGACGUUGUGGGCCUCCACGGCGAGAAGGUGCGGGAGCUCUGGGACGGCCACGGGGCUGUGAAGCGCUGGGGGGAGGAUCGCUACAGCCAGGGCGGCUUCGUGAUGCAGCCCCCGGAGCCCAGAGACCCCACGCGGGGGACUCCCUGGGACUGGGACUGGACCCAGCCGGAGGGCCGCGUGCACUUUGCAGGGGAGUUCACGGCCCUCCCCCACGGCUGGGUGGAGACAGCCAUCAAGUCAGGACUGCGGGCAGCCCUGAGGAUACACAAGGGGGCCUAGGAACCCAGCGGAGGCCCCACGCAUCGAGCGGGAAGCCCAGGAGCCUCUGCCAGGGCCACAGGGGCUGGGAGCCCCUGCUUCCUUUCUGGCCGGGGCCAUGCAGCCUAGCCUCCACUGUGACCCAGGCCACACAGCCCGGCCUCUGCUCUGCCCUGGGUGUCCCUGCUUCCCCUCCAGCCCGGACCAUGCAGCCCGGUCUCCGUUCUGGCCGGGACCACACAGUCUGGCCUCUGCUCUGGCCAGGACCACGGGGGCUGGGAGCCCCUGCUUCCUUUCUGGCCAGGACCACGCAGCCUGGCCUCUGCUCCGGCCCGGGCCAUACAGCAUGGCCUCCACUCCAGCCAGGACCACGGGCUGGGAGUCCCCGCCUCCCUUGUGUCCCUGCUCUUCCAGGACCUGGGAAGGCCCCGGGCUCAGCUGCCCCUGGGGCCUGAGGCAGGAGGGACCCAAAGUCAAUAAAGCCUUUGUGGGAA